AUGCCAUCAAAGAAUAUAAACUUCCGUGAUCCGGUUGAUCGAUUUCAUUCUUCUCACCAAAUACAUUCAUCGUUACUAUUGAGAACCAGCAAUGGAAUUUUCUCAGAUAUCACGAAGUUUCGCAAUAGCAAAGAGCUUGAUGAGAAAGGACAACUGAUCGAUGAGGACGCUGAGUUUGAGAUACGUCAAGGGUCGGUUGCAACAGAAAAUAACACCAUCAGGGUUAAGCGGGUUUCUUUAUUUGUUUUAAAAUCACCGUUACUCCCAUUUCAUUGCCUCGAAGUCGAUGUUCAAGCAACUUGA